UUCUUAUUCUUACCAGUCCCCUCGUUCUGGAUGAGGCGGCAAUGACGAUGGCUGCCAACUCGUGCUGCGACGCGCCGACGCUCGAGCUCAUCCACGACACUGGCGAAACAGUCUGCGUCCAGUGCGGCGCGGUCGUCGAUGCAGGCAGCCUCGUUGCGGCGCCGUGUGAGCGCAUCCCUCGCUUUGCAUCGUCGGGUCUGGCUGCAAGUGCGCGCCAUCAUGCUAGCAGUAGUGGUGGUGGUGGUGCUGCUGCUGCAAGUGGCGGUGGUGGCGUUGCGGCGGACAGUGCUUUGAGUGGUCAAGGCCUCACGUUUGUGUCGAGCAACGCUCUGGACGAGCAUGCGCAGUGGCUCGCCAUCGCCAAAGCCGGACCGCGCUCGCUCCAGUACAAGGCCAACGUCGGACUGGGAACCGAUGGAAUGACACGUCAUAUCUACAUUGCUGCGUUGCAGGUUGGCAGAGUGGCCAUGCGAAUGCGGCUGUCUUCCGUCCAGGUCAAGGAAGUCUUGGAGUACUUUCGUCGCGUUCGUGCAGCUGGCCCCUUUGGCGGCACGCUUGAUUGCAUCGCGGCGGCUUGCGUUUAUGUUGUCUGUCGCUCGCAUAGUAUUCCUGCGACAUUCCUCCAGCUGGCGGAAGCUGCUCAGGUCAAUGUCUUUACCUUGCAACGCACGUUCGGGCGACUGGUGCACCAUCUCAAACUAUCGCUGCCUGCCGUGAACGAAGUGGCACUCGUGGAAUCUGUCGUUCAGGCUGUGCCUGAGCUUUCGCAUGAAGCAGUCCCGAUUCUAUCUCAGUAUGCAAUCUGCUUGCUGGAGCUUGGCAAGCAGUCCUGGGUUUCUUCUGGGCGAAGACCGCUUCCAAUCGCUCUUGCUGCAACAGACUUGGCCAACCAGAUUUAUGCUCAAAACGAAAAUCUUCCGAGUAUUCUUCCGCAGCUCUGCGAGAAAUUUGGCGUUCAUAUCAACACAGCUCGUGCUCGUGCUCGCGAGCUGCGACUGAAUCUGCUGCAGCACGCCCAGGCUCUGCCCUGGCGGGCCAACAUCACCGAACGCAAUGUUGUCGCGCAUGUCAAGUUGCUGGUGGAGAAUCCUUCGUCGUUCACUGGUCUCCGGCCCGUGGACUGCGACGCGGAAGGCAAUGCACCGACGACCCUGGCGGUUGCAGACAAGAGUGCCACGAGUAGCUCGGUUGCGAGCGGUGUGCCGCGCUCGUUUGUGUUGGCAACACGCAACUCGGAGCUGCGAAUGGCCAAGCUCGAAGCGGCCAAGGCUCGUCUGGUUGCUAUUCUCGCUCUCUCUACAGCGCAAACCCAGGAAUUGGAAGCGAGUCUGACUGCCGAUCGCGACAUGCUCGAUCUGCUUUUGGAGCGAUUGCUCUUGCACGGUGUUAGCGACACAGACUUGUUGGCACGCUCAGUGUCGCAGCUACACGACAUGGCCGAACGCAUUGGGCAAGCAACGACAGAAUUUGAGACGGACGAAACGAUUACCCCUAUGUCGGAUGCAGAUUCUGCUCUUUACAUUCGAUCUGCGGCAGAGAUUUCCUUACUCAGCCAGCUGGACGCCAAGCAAAGAGCGGCAGACCCAGAGACAUCACGCUCAACCAAGCGAGCACGACUCGACACAGAAGAUGUCUAGUUUGUGGAUGUUUGUGUGACAGUUGUGUGGUUUUUGACCAGUUUAUUUUGUAUGUUUGGGUUUUCAUUCGAGUACAUCGUGUUAGUAUCUCCCAAACACUUCGCUUGUGUGUACUUGUUCGUGUUUUAUCUAUCAGACUGUGUAUUU